CUCUUUUUUUUUUUUUUUUUUUUUUUUCAUUUUUUAUGAUCAUUAUUACACCUUUUCAAUUCCAUAAUCAGAAUCAUUUCAAAGAUUUUGAUUCCCAUCAAAGAUCAAUUUUACCCAUCAUCUUUUAUCUGAAGAGAAUCUUUAUUCUGCUGCUAUUAAUUGUACCCCAAUCUUGGUCCAUUUCUUGUUCUUGCACACACAACAACACAAACAACAACAAUAACCAAGAUCAAAUCCUAGAAACCAUGAAGGUCCAUCCAAUGCCCAAAAAAAGAAACAACAUAACAAUCCAAUACUAUAUCAACAACAAUACCACCGGUAGCAAUAAUAUCAACCAUCAUCGGAGGGACCCAUCUUCCGGUGGGUCCCACAAGAAGCUGAGGAGGCUACCCCACAUCUUUAGCCGGGUCUUGGAGCUUCCUUUCCGAUCAGAUGCGGACGUUUCGGUGGAAGAAAACCCUGAUUGCUUCAGAUUCGUGGCGGAAACCGAUAAUAUUGGGGAAGUGAGGGCCCACACGAUCGAAAUCCAUCCUGGUGUUACUAAAAUCGUGAUUAGGCCAAAUGGGUAUCUAGAAUUAUCUUCAUUAGAUGAUUUGGAAUUGGAUAUGUGGAGGUUCAGACUGCCAGAAUCGACGCGGCCGGAGCUAGCUAGCGCGGUUUUAACAGACGGAGAGUUGAUUGUGACUGUGCCCAAGGGAGAUGAAGUGGAGGAAGAAGGGAAUGAUAGUAACGGAGACUUUAGAGGAGGUAUGGGAAAUAAUAACAAUAAUAAUAACAAUGCUAGGCUUGUGCUUGUACAGUGAUAAUUAUAAUUACUGCUUUCUAGCUUUUGGAUUUUGUACUUUUUCUUUAAAUGAAUGUUGUUGUUGAAGUUAGCCUUUGAAGUUCGCCGUUGGAUUAGGUUUUGUAUGCUUGCUUUUGUUAUUGAAUGAAACUAAGGUUUCUUUAAUUUUUGCA